AUGAAAUUCACCUCGAUUGCCUUGACGGCGGUCUCGGCCACCGUUGUUCUGGCCCAACCUCACAACCAUGGACAUCAGCACGCUCAUAUACACAAGAAGGACGUUACCGCAACUGCUUGGGCUCCAGGACCGACCGCCUACAAGUACAUGUUAGAUGGCAAGGAGAUCUCUCCGGAGGAAGUCUGUGAAGGUCUUCAGGACAACGAAUUGAAGUUUGUGGAUGGUGAGGAUCCUGGUGUUUGCUCUUCUUCCACCUCGAGUUCCACCACGACAACAAGCUCUCCUCAACCCACAACCACUUCAACCACCAGCUCAGCCGCCCAGUCCUGGUCGAAACCUGCCGAGUUCUAUCAAUCUCCUGCCUCGUCUGCUUGGGCCAGUCCCAGUGCGGCCGCCAGUUCCUGGGGACCACCUGCUCAAUCCUCUUCUGCUCCCUCAACCGGCGGCUCUGGAGGAACUGGAAUCAAUGCUGAUUUCCCUGAUGGAACCCUCGACUGCGGAACUUUCCCCUCUGAUUAUGGUGCGGUUCCAGUCAGCUACCUUGGAAUGAGUGGUUGGUCAGGACUGCAGGCUGUCUCGAUUGCUGGUGGUCUGGUCAAUCACAUUGUCACUGGUAUCUCAGGAGAUUCUUGCAAGGAAGGUUCCAUGUGCUCCUAUGCUUGCCCUCCUGGCUACCAAAAGUCGCAAUGGCCUAGCACUCAGGGCGCUACCGGCCAGUCUGUUGGUGGAUUGUCCUGCUCGGGUGGAAAGCUUCGCUUGACCAACCCAGGUCUUUCUACCAAGCUUUGCAUUCCCGGUGUUGGAGGUGUCCAAGCUACCAACAAAGCUAGUGGUGUGGUUUCCAUCUGCCGUACUGAUUACCCCGGUACCGAGUCCGAGACUAUUCCCGUUGAGCUUCAACCUGGUUCCACCGACCAAUUGACUGUGCCUGACGCUGCAGCCUAUUAUGAGUGGCAAGGCAAGUCCACAUCAGCACAGUACUAUCUCAACCCUAUCGGAACGACCAAGGAGAAGGGUUGCCAAUGGGGUACCCCUGGUCAGCCAUAUGGAAACUACGCACCCAUCAACUUUGGCGUUGGUGCCAAGGAUGGCAAGACAUGGCUUUCCAUUUUCCAGAAUUCCCCUACCACCGAUGCCCAAUAUCAAGGUACCGUUGAGAUUCAAGGUAACUUGUCGGGAACAUGCAAAUAUUCCAAUGGACAAUACUGUGGUGUGACUGGAUGCAACGCUCAAGGCUGCACGGUCGCAAUCAUUUCCGGCACAGCCACCUAUGUGGUCUCUGACUAG